UGAUCAACAAAACUAAUAUUUAACAAUUAAACAACGAAAUAAUAAUGAUAAUAUUCAUAAAAUUAUUAGUGAAAAUGUUUGUAAACUUGGUUGUUAUUUAACUUAUAAAAAAGCUUCUAUUCUUGUUGAUUAUGCUGAUCCAGAAUAUGAACAUGAACUUUCAUCUUUAAUUACAAUACAUGAUAUUAUUUCACAAGAACGUUUUAAAACUUUAUUAAAAUUAACGAAUAAUAAAAUUAAUUCUGAAGAACUUUCUACAAUUAUUCUUCCAAAACAACAAGUGUAAAUCACUAUAGAUUUAAAAAGUUUUUUUUUCCCUUAAUUAGAAAAUCAAAUUUUUUUUUUGUGGAAUUGAAUGUAAAACUUUGCUUGAUUCAUUUCAUCAACGUAUUAAUUAUCGACAGAAACGUUUUAAACGCAUUGAAAAUUUACAAAAACUUCUUCUUUCAUCCAUAUUAACUGAAAAAUUUCUAGAAAUGAUUUCAGACUUAGGUAUAGAAUAUUUUACUCAUAUUAUUUCUAACAGUUAGUUAUGAUAUAUAUUACAAAGUAUUUUAAGGAGAGAGAUAUUUUUCCAUCCUCUACAACAUGCUUCCGAAAUCGGCCACUUUGUAUAGUACCUUCAAGUAUCUGAAUUUGACAAUAUCUUCCAGGUUGACUCACAUAUAACAGAAGUCAUGAGGUUUGCAAAAAUAGAUUUUUUCUUCUUAAAAAAUCAUUCACUAAGGUUGCCUUUAUGAGGUAACAUAUUGUUCUUUUAGAAGAAAUGACGUUUUCUUGAAGUCAGAGGUAAGAAAAAACAAAUUUUAAUUCUAAAAUUUAGACAUACUGAUUAAUCUUGUUUUUAUAAUUCUUCAAUACAACGUCCCACUAUCCUGUAAUGUAGAGACUAAAUACUUGGAGAGUAGGCACUUGUACAUAGAAAAUUUCAUUGGAAACUAAUGAUGUUAUAGCGGAUAAUUUAACGUUUUAUGAAGUCUGCAUUUUUCAUACUAUACUACAUUCAACUGUCAAACCGCUGG